GCCCUCUACUCGCACGGACGCAUUCACUCACGGUCGCACCCUUUUAUUCGGCCAGUCACUCUCUAUCAGUCUCUCACACUCACUCAGUUACCCUCUCAAUCCCUCAUUCAGUAAUGAGAAAGCGAACAAAUGCUGCUGUGCUGGCACAUGGAGAUGGACUAUCAAAUCCCAAAUCCUUGCAGGGAGAUAGCAAGCAAGGGGCCAGUCAAUUUCCAUCAUCCAAGAAAAUCUUGUUGCUCUGUUUAGUUUUCAGAAUGACAAAUUCUCUAUUUGUGCAAACGUAUUUCAACCCAGACGAGCAUUGGCAAGCUCUUGAAGUUGCACAUCGAAUUACCUUUGGAUAUGGACAUUUAACAUGGGAGUGGACAAAGGGGAUACGUAGCUAUUUGCAUCCAAUGAUAUUUGCAGUUCUUUAUAAAGUUCUUUCCGUUUUACAUCUUGAUACUCCACUAUUCAUGAUUAAGGCUCCACGACUAUUGCAAUCAAUUUUUUCUGCCUUUGGUGAUCUGUACAUGUUCAAACUCUCUCAUGUCCUGUAUGGUAGCCAUGUUGCCCAAUGGGCACUCUUUUCGCAGUUAACAAACUGGUUUAUGUUCUACUGUAUCACACGCACUUUAUCCAAUAGCUUAGAGACUGUUCUUACGGUUGUCAGUCUCUACUACUGGCCCUGUCUAAGGGUCUAUUCGAGCAAUGACCCCCCAGUUUCUAGAACCUGGGCCUUGGUUGGUGCUGCCAUAGCUUGUGCCAUUCGGCCAACAAGUGCUAUCAUUUGGGUUUAUGUUGGCCUCAUGGAGCUGUAUGUGUCUUGCAAUAAGCUGAAAUUCAUCUUUCUUGAAGUUGUGCCGAUUGGGUCGACUGUGCUUGGACUGACAUUCCUACUAGACCGUUUGAUGUAUGGUUCGUGGGUUUUAGUCCCCCUCAACUUUUUAAAGUUCAAUUUUUUAUCCUCUGGAGGUGACUAUUAUGGAACUCACCCAUGGCACUGGUACUUCACCCAGGGAUUUACCGUCAUGAUCUUUACUUUCCUACCUCUUAUGGUGGUUGGCAUCAUCCAGUCUAAACACUGGAAGCUUUCAGGACUCAUUUUGUGGGUUUUAGGGCUUUAUAGUGUAUUAGGGCACAAGGAAUUCAGGUUUGUCCUUCCUGUGCUUCCAAUAGCUUUAGCUUUCUCUGGUUAUUCGUUAGCCAUGUUAAGCCAGCAACAUUCAUCUGGUACAAAGAGCAAGAAAGCUAGAGACAGUCGCACCAAAAGUUCCUGGAAGAUACAAGCAGCUGUCUUUUUCUUGCUUGCAACAAAUCUUCCCAUGGCUGUUUACAUGAGUAUGGUUCAUCAGAGAGGAACCGAAGACGUCAUGAAUUAUCUAGCCAAAGAGGCUUAUCAUGGGAAUCUGAAAAGUAUCCUAUUCCUAACCCCGUGUCAUGCUACUCCCUACUAUUCAACCUUGCAUCAGAAUCUUCCUAUGCGUUUCUUGGACUGUUCGCCAAGCGAAGUUAAGGGAAUCCCUGAUGAAUCUGACCGGUUCAUGAUGGAUCCAAUGGGUUUCAUAUCACAGUUUGCAAAAAACUGGUCUCAACCAAGUCAUAUUGUACUAUUCGACAAUGAAGAAAAACAUCUUAAAGACUUCCUUCUCUCACAUUCUUUUGAAGAGAGAAAACGAUUCUUUCAUGCUCAUUUCAAGGUGGACCAAGAUCUUCAAGCAUCAGUUGUUGUGUAUGCUCUCUUGGAUCGGUGACUUUUAACCUCAAUUCAAGAAGCCUUUUGUGCCAAUCUGAUCCAGGCCAGUUACUUUUUCCCUCAUUUAUGAGAACCUAAUUCUCUGUUAUGGAUUCUUGUGGAACUAAAUUUUUGUAAAAAGCUCUGAUUUAGACAACAACGAACCAUGAGGUAGAAUACAUGUUGAGUUUUCGAACAACUAUCUUUUGCCAGUCUAAUUCAUUGAAGAAGUAAGGGAUCUAUGGUGCAAAAUACCUAACUUCUUUUGG